AUGUUUUUUAAUGACACUACAAGUUAAUAAUAAAUUGCUCUUACUCCUGAUUCUAAAGUUACUGAAAGAAUCAAAAUUCCUCAAACUUAAACCAAAUAAUAAAUCAUUGAACAUCAUUAAAGUAUUAACAAAUUACUUGAUAAAAUGAAUGAAACUAUUGGAAGAAUAUUUAAAACCAAAGAAGAUGAAUUAAGAGGAAAUAUUAAAUAAUAAAUAGAUGAAGCAUAAGCAUAAGUAAUAUAAUUGACUAAUGAAACUACAGAAGAUUAAGUAUAAAGGAAAUUAAAAGAAAAAAGAUAAGAAAUUGAAGAAGAAAGAUAAAAAAUAUUAUAAUCAUCUAUGGAAUUCUCAAAUAAAUGUAUUGAAUAUAAAAACAGUCUCAGCAAAGUUAUGACUACAACUAAAGAUUUAAUUUCAGAAAUUUAAUUUCUAGAUACUUAAUUAAUGAGUGCUAAAAUUACUAAUUAAUAAUUAAAAAAAUAAUUAGAAUCUAUCUAAAUUAAUACUGUUAAUCAAGAUUAUUUUAGUCAUGAAUCCACUUUUAGAUAACCUUAAAUUUAAGGAAUGGAUAUUGAAGGUGUUAAUGAACAAUAUUCAAAGGCUGAAUAAGAAUUAAUUAAAACUAAAAAGAUUUAUGAAAAUAUUGAAUAAGUCAAAUAGGAUUCAGCUUUUGAAGAAAAUUAAAUUGAAAAAAUAUUUCUGGUAUUCUUUCAUCCUUUAUUUUCUAGGAAUGUGUCUAAAAAGUUAAAUAGCAUAAACUUAAUACUGAAAUCUAAAAAGUGUAACAGCUUAGCAAAAAUCCAAGACAAUUACUCAAACCUAUUUAAUCAUUGAAACAAUUUCACAAACAAUAGGAAGUACUAAAUCAAUAAGACUUUAUUUUCUCUGAUAUUGAAUUCAAUGAUAUUCAUAAGAAAAUGAUCUUUGAUGAAUUUUUAUCGAGAAAUGAAAUCAAAGCUUUGAUUUAUAAUUUAUUGUGA